CGUGCGUCGUCGCAAGAGUGACGCUCUCCGUCUCCGCGCUUUCUCGCUUCUCCAGUUCAGGCGCGCACUCUCGCACAGAGAGAGAGAGAGGGGGAGGUUCCUCAACGGCUUCCCCUAUUUAAGGCCUCUCUCCUCUCCCCUCCCUCGUUCCAUUCGGUCUCUCCUCGCCGUCCGACCCUCUUCCCUUGCUUCCGCGGGCUCUCGCCAUCUCCCGCGGUUAUCACAUUGAUCAGAUUACACUCUUGUCGGAGUUUCUCAGCCUCGUUCCUUUUCUGCGCCGAGAUCGCUCAUCGGAACGAGGCCUGUAGCCUUUCUUCGUUUUGCGUCGGUUUCGGCCGGAAAUGACGGAACUCAUAGUUUUUGCAUUUCGACGCGGCGAUCUGAUGAUAUCGAAAUGAUUUGUUUGUUUUUGAUGCGUGAUAUUGUCUGCUUCCUGGGAGAAAGCAUGUCAGAUGUGAAGGAUCUUGAUACCAAUAAACAAGAACCUACAGACAGUGAUGUAGAUAAGAAAGAGAAUGACAGUGCAAGCACCGAAAUAAAUGAGGAAGAGAUAAUCAAGAAGAAAUAUGGAGGAAUUUUACCCAAAAAACCUCCAUUGAUAUCCAAGGACCAUGAACAUGCAUUUUUUGAUUCCGCUGAUUGGGCAUUAGGAAAGCAAGGAGCACAAGAAGAUCACAAAAAGGGACCACUCGAAGCUCUUCGGCCAAAAUUGCAGCCCACACCUCAGGAAGUACGAUCCAGGCGAUCUGUGUAUGCUCCUACAGAUGGAGAAGGUGGAAAUUCUUCAGAUAAUCCAAACGGGAACUACUAAUAAGCUAUGAUUGUUCCUCUAGCUCUACUUGCUGGCAGAUUAUUUCACUUGUAACAGAGCAUGCAGAAUCCUUUCCUACCUAUUUUAUGUGCAUGAAUAGGUGAUCCUAGAUCUUAUGACGAUAUGUAAAAUGUAACUUUUCAAUGAAGGCCUUGCAUGUAGCGAUUUUAAUAGGGGUUGUAUAAUAGAAGUGUCCGGUAGCAAGGCUUUCUCGACUACUUAGUGGGAAGACUUGCUCCUUUUGUCACGAAGUGACGCACUCAGGCUUCUUGGGUCUCAGAAAAGAUCACUUUACUGCACUGCUAAAAUAAGGUGCGAAGCUAUCCCCUGGGUCGAUGACAUGUUCCACACAUACGGAGCAUUGUUCGGGAUCGGAGAUAUGGCGCACUGUUUUCCUUCUCAUGUUUUACGGUAUCCUUGGGAUACGUUGAACAGAGCGACCUUUGAAGGCCUAUGUUGAGGAUCAUAUUGCAUAAAGUACCUCAGACUUUUUUAUA